CCGCCCGCCGGGGUGACGGCGGCGGCGGGCGUGCGGCACGCUCUCCCGCGGCCGAAACCGCGGUCGCGGCGGCUCCAUCGCUGGGCGGCGCGGCGGUGGGCAGCAGCACUAGCGACGACCAACGUCGUUCAACACCGCCGCCGACGACGACGACGCCUCAAUCAAGCAACCGUCGCGAAGCGAGGAGAAGCCGACCGAAAAAGGGGGGGCGCGCUGGGCCGGCCCACGAGAACGCUGGACUAGGGGCGCUGGCGCUGGCGCGGCCGCCGCCGCCGCCAUCAUGGGCUACGGCGUGAGCCGGCAGUCGGUGUUGCGCGGCGAAGCCGACGCCGAGCUGAGCACGGCACUGACUGCGCGCCAGGCCCAGCUGGUGCGAUCCACCUGGGCAGUGCUUUCGCAGGACCUCGCUGGCACCGGGGUGAUCGUCUUCAAGCGACUGCUGACCCGCUACCCGGAGCUGUGCCGGCUGUUCCGCAAGUUCAUGACCCUUCGCGAGGACGGCAGCUACGAGUGGGACAUGGAGGGGCUGCAGCGACACGCGCUGCUCGUCAUGCAGGGACUGGAGGCGGCCGUCGAGAACCUCGACGACAGCCGCGUUCUCGCGGACAUCCUCUACGAGCUGGGGCGGAAGCACGCCCGCUUCAACGUCCAGGAGGACAUGUUUGACAAGCUGUGGCAGGCGCUGAAGUUUGGGCUAGAGAGCACCCUGCAGGAGCGAUUCAAUCGCGAGGUGGCACAGGCCUGGUUCCUGGUGUUCCGCUUCCUGUCUCGUCGCAUCAUAGAGGGAAUGCACAAAGCCAGGGCGGCUGCGCCCCCACCACAGCAGCAACUGCAGCAGCCAGCGCCAACCUAGCCACGUGCCAACUGCCACUGCGCUGAAAAAAAAAUGCCAAAGAAUGCAAGGCUUGCUUGCAAGCUUCUGACGCUGCAAUGGUACUCAACCCUGUGGUUGAACAGGGUGGCCGCGCAGCUGAUUGUGCUUUUCAGACGGACCCAUUUGAUGGCUACGGCCACCAUACUUGUGUGUGUGUGCUAACCAGAUUGAGCUAGAAGACCACUUCAUGGUCCCAAAAGGAGCUUUUCUGUGUCUUUAGCAAGACAUCAAGUGCUACGUCUAUUAACGGGUUCCAGAGCAUCAAUUGGAAAUAAGCCAGAAACAAGGAGUGAAUUAACGCCAUACUUUUCACCAUGCUUGCAGAGCACAAUCAUGGCAGCAGCUGUGGUAAAGUAAUGCACACGCCCUACCUUCAGUAAUACGCUGUAAAGAUGGUCAUUGCAUGUUGUAAAAACCGAGACCCAUAUGGCAACUGGUAUCAGCCUAAAAGAGCUGUAAUAAUUGUUGAGCUUUACGUACCAAAACUGCACUUGGACAGAUGGGCGUCAAUAUUUCAGAUUCAUUUGGACAACUUGGACUUUCUUUAUGUGGGUGUAUAUAUUCCAACAAACAGUGGUUUUAAAGCAUUUAGCUUUAUUUGGGAGCUCACCGCGAUUUCUUUGUGAGUGUCUAACCAUUUGAGUGGGCCGCUGCCAGAGGUUGUGCAGUCUAACACAGUGGUAAAAACUGCACAGUGGUACUGAUACCAUCGGUGGUACGGUAUCAUCGUUCGGUGUACCACAUAGUGUCGAGGGAAGCAUGCUCACAUUCUUCCCUCAUAACAUUUAGCAUAUUGAGACAGUCACUUGAGGAGCUGCAUGGGGUUCCGAACUGGUGAUUGAGGAAGUGGCUCUCAAAGUACUGGUUGGCUGCCGUGUAUGGGUAAGGCGCAAUGUUAUCACUCGUAACCCAUAUUGCAGCAUAGUGCCACAAAUAGCCACCUCCCAAAGCAUGCUAAACACAUUCUUGGAAAGCAACAACGGGCGGUUCUUCAUAAAGUUUUGUUGCACUCGAUCUCCAUUGACUGCACAGGAAUCGCACCCAUAACCUUGCACUCCACGGCCCACUAUGUUCUACACUGGGGCUAAAGUCGACUGCACCUUUGCGAUGAUGCUAAGACAACAGAGAAACUCGAGAUCCAGUUUACCACAGUUCAAUGCUGGUGUUUCAGUGUCAAGAAUAAGUUGCAUUUUUGACGCUUAUUUUGAGCGUUAGGUGUUCAUUGUCAGCCACAAUGCAGGAUUUGCAAACAUAAAUUUGGAGACUAACGACAAGCCUGUGCGACAAUCCACUUGGAGCUAAUGCCCAUGUUUCCAGUUCAUCACUAGCCGAUGGGCAGGUGGCAUUGACUCUAAGGUGCUCAAUAGCCUGGUCUGCCAUAACCAGCAUACAAUUGUGGUACCAUCAUAUGUUUAGAGCAGUUAAUUUUCAUCAGUUCUUUCAGUUUUUUUCUCUGGCUAAUGGUGUGCACAUUAGCUGACGGCACGUACGGCAUGAACCAUAAUGAGAUUCAACUGCAGCACAUUGUACGUCAAGCUGGUUUGAUGACAAUGUUGCCAGAGGCACACAGGUCACGAAUGAAAUGUGGAUGUAAUACUCAUGACUUCUACAAGCAUCUUUUCUUACAACAGCAGCAAUACUCUGGGCCAGUUUCUUCAAACAAGAGUGCUUAUAAAUGAUAAGAAAAAACGUGAAUGAUGUAGACACGACGUGAACCUGUCAGCAACCAACCACUGUCUCCUUGAACAUUUCCAAACACACACCACUUAACAGGGAACAGUUAGUUUUUCCCAGCCAUGCCAUUCUGUUAAAAAAAAUUAUGAGGUUUUCUGUGCCAAAACCACGAUUUAUUUGAUUAUCAGGCACGCCAUAGUGGGGGACUCCGGAUCAAUUUUGACCACCUGAGGCUCUUUAACAUGCACCUAAAUCUAAGUACCACGGGUGUUCUUGCAUUUCGCUGCCGUCGAAAUGCGGCCGCUGCGGCGACGACCUCGUGCUUAGCAGCACAGCACCAAAGCCACUGAGCAACCACGGUGGGUGCCUUUCUCUUUAACGCCUCAACUCAAGGUAGGGCAGUUCAAUUGGCACGCUCCUGAGCUUGACCAGGUUCCAACACACACUGCUAUGAUGGCCGCAGCUGUGCUGCCGUCUGGUGAACUUGAGCACACAUACAAUCGGGCUACAUGCAGGUGGGCAUUCAGCGCGUGCACUCUGCUCCACGGGCUUUUAUUCCGUGUCCCGCACCCACACCGCAUAUGUGUGCCACCACUAAGCUGCUGGUGCGUCAGUGAUGCCAAGAACGGCAGCUCGAAGUAUGUAUGCUCUGCCAACGACACCGUGACAUGUACGCGACGUCACGUGCAUGUGCACAAGUGUCGCAUGUGACAAAUGUGACGUACACGUGUCGCAUUUGGGUGCGAUGUCUGUAAUCUGCACACUCAUUGACCCUGCAACUAUUCUGCCGUGCUGGUGCUGCUCCCAUUUUCCGUUCCUCAACCACAUGUGACAUCAUUGUGAUCAACGGCCACCAGAUUUUUGUAAGCAAAGCCAAGGGAACAUUGUUGUUGUUGUAUGUGCUGUCUGACUGUGUUGCGCUUGUCAACUCGUUUUUGCAUACGUUGGACUGGGGAUGUUAAAGGCUGACUGCAACAAUACUUUGGAACACAUAAAAAUCGUAAUUUAUGAUAGUGUAGACACACAGAGGCCUUUGAGUGAAAUCUUAUGCCUAAAAUACAAGUGGAUGUGCAACAAAAAGCUUGCAUAAAUCAAUGUUUUCUGACGGAAAGCUGAAAAAAAGAAAUAAAAUAAAGAAAAGUCAUUAUUAGCAUUGGACAGAAAUAACACAGCACUGUAAAGGUUGAGAAGCAGUGAUGGUCAUAACCAGGAGAUGUUGAGCAAGCGACGCGCCUCGGCAUCCAGGUGCAGUCAGUGCAUGGUUCUGGGACCUGUUUCAUAUCCGCUCAUCCCCAGGUGCCCCUGUUUUCUGCUAAGGUGCUGUUUAAAAGUGCAUUAAAUAAAAAGCAGGUGAUUACUA